GGCGGCGGGGCGGGGCGGCGGCGCGCGCUGCCCGCCGGCCACACUGGGCGCCCUGCGCCCGGCGAGGGGCGUGGGCGCCGGCCCGUCACCCGCGGGCCCCAUGUUCACCGAGCUGAGGUCCAAGCUCAGCCCCCCGCGAGGCCGCUCCGGGGCUGUGCGCGCGGGCUUCGGGGAGCGCCGAGAUGUGGACGCCACUGCCCACUUCAACUUCUGCCGGACCCUCUUGGAGCACACUGUGUCAGCUGAGAGCAUCCCUUGCCACCUGCCUCGGACACCAGGCACAAGCCUCACAUGGCACGACUCCCGAAGUCAGAGAGCCUCCAGCAGCAGACCAAUCAAGCUUCUUCAGCAGCCUGGCACAGAGACCUCCCAGGGCCGUCUGUACUCUGACCACUAUGGCCUGUACCACACAAGCCCCUCACUGGGUGGCUUGACGCGGCCUGUGGUCUUGUGGAGCCAGCAGGACGUCUGCAAGUGGCUUAAGAAGCACUGUCCCCAUAACUACCUCGUCUACGUUGAGGCCUUCUCCCAGCAUGCCAUCACUGGCCGAGCACUGCUUCGGCUGAAUGCAGAGAAGCUGCAGCGGAUGGGACUGGCACAGGAGGCACAGAGACAGGAGGUGCUGCAGCAGGUGCUCCGCUUGCAGGUGCGAGAGGAGGGGAGGAGCCUACAGCUGCUCAGCCAAGCUUCCUUCGGAAACAUGCUCUAGCUGUGCCCGGGCUUGGACCCCAGACCCCAACACUGUGACCGGAGCCCACAGCCAAGGAUGAGGCAGAGUUGGCCCUACAGCCCUACUUGGACCCUGGCAGGAUGCCCUAAUGACUAAACCCAUCUCAAUGAACAGGCAGGACCAGAAACACAACUUCCAGAUGCCUCUGGUUGGCACUCCAGGCUGUGCCCUGGGGAAGGGGAGGGGGCUACUUGUGUGUAUCCCCUCCUCUUGGGACCCAAGCCCAGGCUUGCCCCCUGGUGCUGUUAGCAGCAAGCAGGGCAGCUUCCUGGAGUCAAAAUGGGGUUUGAAUGGCCCCACAUUCCCAGGGAGUCUGUUUAUUUACAUUCCCUUCACCAUGUGACCAUCUGCCAUUACCUGAGUCACCCAUCUUUCUCUUGACUCAUCCAGUUCUGUGUCCACCCUGGGCACCGCCAGGUCAGCUGCACAGUGGGACAAUCUGCCUUGGCUCCCUUUGGCUUGUGUUCCUUCCCUACCCCCUCAAGGCUCAGCAGGCCCAACCCAUUGUUCAGAGUAAGGACCAUCAGUACUGCACCAACCCAGCCAGGCACCGCAGCAAGUGCUUCAGUCAUUAUGAAAUCUUUGCCACCUACUCUUGAAAAUGGAGGCAGAGAGAGGCCCAGGGUGCCCAAGUCCCAAAGACAAAAUGUGGUACCAAAAGGUCUCCAACCCUGUCCAGCUCACCAAAUUCAGCAGCACUUCUGGCCUUACCUUCAGGAGAGUCUUGCUUUUAAGCAUCUUCCCAAAUCCCUGGCUCUUGGGAGACCAUAUUCAAGACACAGUCCUGAUGUGAAUCUCCUCUUGUUGCUUUCUCCAGAAAAUGUGCAUUUACAGGAGAGACUGUCCUGAGGGUCUUACCCUCACAUCUGCCACCAGGCACCUGAGCAACCCCUCCCUGGGUGUUUGGGGGCUGGUGCUGCCUGGCAGAGGAAUAAUAAGUGUGGUCUUAGCAGCCACCUUCUCACUCUUCUGCCCUUUCCCACUCCCCCAGGGACUUUGAAAAACUCAGGGACAGGUGGGGCUAAGCCUCCAGUCUGUGUGCCAAGAGCUGGCCUUGGGACUUGAAGUUGAUCAUUGCAGGUACCAAGUAACUGAAUUUGGACAACUGGCCUGAUGCCUCUCAUACUGUAUGUACUCCCACCCACCGGGGACCCCCUGUCAUAACUGCUUCCAGUAUUCCUGCCCACCUUGUGCUAUCAGCCUUCAGUCAGAGGGUUCAUUUCUCCCCUUUUCCCUCCUCUAACUUGUCUAUCCAAUGUUCCUGUCUUAUCUUCCUUGUUUUUCCCUCACUUUUUUAUACUCUGACAAAAAAAAAAAUCAGAAAUAAACCUGGUUCUCAA